AUGGGGCCUUUACUCUCCCUCUCUGCUUUCUUUUUCUUCUUGUGCCUACACGGCGCCCAAAGUGCCAUUGACGUCGGCACCGCCCGGGCCCAACUGUUCCGUGAGUUGAUAUCUCGCGCAGGAGUCUACAACGAAUUUCCUCCUGGUCCUCCAGCAUUACCAUGUGACCCAAAGUGCCAAUCACAGCCACCACCGCUAAAGGUUGGCAUUAUUGGUGCAGGUGCUGCGGGCUUGUAUUCAGCUCUGUUGCUGCAGAGCCUGGAUAUCGAAUUCGAAAUCCUAGAGGCAGACGGACGCGCGGGCGGAAGAAUCUACACCCAUUAUUUUGACCUGGAGAGUUGGAAGAAUUCGACCCCACAGGAGGCUGCGUAUUAUAAUUAUUAUGAUGCGGGUGCCAUGAGAAUUCCCGUUAUGCCCUAUAUGGACCGAGUGGUUGGGGCUCAAAACUGGUCCGUCGUCAGCUACGUGAACUCGCACGUCAGCGACCUAGCCGAUGCAAUUGAUCUGAUCCCAUAUAUCUUCUCUACCAACAAUACAUUCCAGCUGUACAACAAUAUAUCUGUUCAUGCCAACGUGACUCCCUCUGCCGCAACAUUCCAUGUCCUAACAACUGAAGGCGGGAAUAUUCCACCCUCCGAGUUCGCCGUUGUCAGUCCCGAUACGAUAUACAGCGACGCAAUCGCCGAACUGGUGGAUGCACUGCAGCAAAACAUCGAUAAAGGAUUUAAUAAGCUCAUGGAAUUCGACCAGCUGUCCGUCCGGGCAUACCUUUUGCAGAAAGGCUUUACCAACGCGCAGAUCAACUGGUUGGAGACUAUUGAGGAAGGAACGUUGUCCUUCGAUAAAGCAUCCCUUGCUCAGGCAGUCAUCGAACAAUGGAUAUUCACGGCUGCUCCUAUUGAUUCUUGGGUCACAAUCAACGGCGGGUUCGAGCGACUAAUCCAUGGACUUUUGAAAGUCCUGCAUAAACCGCCGAAACUGCUCAAUCGCGUGACUGCCAUCAAUCCCGGACGAGUGGAUUCCCUGACGGUUGUCGUCAACCAUACAAUUGAACAUUCUUAUGACCACGUAAUCAGCACAAUCCCACUUGGAGCAACAAGGGUCCUCGAUACAUCCACUUUGCCAGAUCUCUAUUACAACACCACGAUGGCGUGGCGAGCUCUAGCCUACGAUGACGCAGGCAAAAUCGGAAUUUGGUUUAAGACUCGCUGGUGGGAAAACCCUGAUGUGUUGCCUGCUCCUUUUGUCGGCGGACAAUCAUCCACAGACCUUCCUAUCCGACGCUGCGUGUACCCAUCCUAUGGGCUUAAUGUCCCCGAUGCUCCAGGAACAAUGAUCGCCAGCUAUACAUGGAGUCAAGAUGCUGAUCGACUAGCUGCCUUUUACCAAAGUACAGAUCAGGAAGAAUUCAUAACGCAUGUAGUCUUGGAGGAUAUGGCACGUCUACAUAACGUAUCCGUGUCAUUUCUCCAAGACCAGCUAGUGGAAGCACAUUUGUGGGACUGGUAUAGCCAACCAUACUCAGUCGGUGCUUAUGCUCUAUUUGCACCCGCACAAUUUUCAGACGUUCUCCCGCCCCUGAUGCGGCCGAGUUGUAACGGAAGACUACACACAGCGGGCGAGGCUACAAGCAGUGGUCAUGCGUGGGUUGUUGGCGCGUUGAACUCGGCGUAUCGUGCUGUUAUGGAGGUCUUGGCUGUCGAAGGCAGAGCAGAUCUGAUAGAGAAGAUGAGAAAGACAUGGGGAUCGGUAGAUGAGGUGGAUAUGGGCUGGUUUGAGUCCCCAAAUCCGUAA